AGCACGACAAGAGCGGCAUUCGUUCUCAGUAGUAUGUCGAUUCAAUCGGGCUACACAUCCACUUCUGACCUCGAAUGUAGUGUUUAUCUAAAAUAACAAGUGGAAUAUUCUUUAAUUGAUUUACCCACGGAGUUCGGGAGGCGUUUUAUUUGGUGUCCUGGACGUUGACCAAUCGGACAGCUGCAUGUGGAAGGUCUCAGCCAAUGAUGGAGGCCUGGCCAGCAGCCUGGGUCCUAAUUCUAACGCUAAUCGCUGAUUGGCUGGAAGCGGCUCAAUCACGGGACUUCACUGUGAAGGACAUCAUCCUCCUCCAUCCAUCAACCACACCUCAUCCUGGAGGGUUCAAGUGCUUCACAUGUAAAGAUGCACCAGACAACUACGAAUGCAAUCGCUGGGCUCCGGACGUAUACUGCCCACGAGAGACCAGGUACUGCUACACCCUCCAUGUGAUGGACGUCCAGGGGAACACUGUGUCUGUGACCAAACGCUGUGUGGCCCUGGCCCACUGUCUGUCUACAGGCUGCACCCAGGACAACCAUGAAGGAUACGAGGUCUGCACUGCUUGCUGUGAAGGAAACAUCUGUAACAUGCAGUUGCCAAGAAACAAGACGGACGCCAUCUUUUCCACCACCUCUCUCCUCCACAGCAGUAACGGUCUACUCACACACUACUGGCUGCUCACUGGCUGUCUGAGCUCUACCGUCAUCAGCGUCAUGCUAUCCAACAGUCUAUGACAUCUAACACUCCUACCGUCAUCAGCGUCAUGCUCUCCAACAGUCUAUGACAUCUAACACUCCUACCGUCAUCAGCGUCAUGCUCUCCAACAGUCUAUGACAUCUAACACUCCUACCGUCAUCAGCGUCAUGCUCUCCAACAGUCUAUGACAUCUAACACUCCUACCGUCAUCAGUGUCAUGCUCUCCAACAGUCUAUGACAUCUAACACUCCUACCGUCAUCAGCGUCAUGCUCUCCAACAGUCUAUGACAUCUAACACUCCUACCGUCAUCAGCGUCAUGCUCUCCAACAGUCUAUGACAUCUAACACUCCUACCGUCAUCAGCGUCAUGCUCUCCAACAGUCUAUGACAUCUAACACUCCUACCGUCAUCAGCGUCAUGCUCUCCAACAGUCUAUGACAUCUAACACUCCUACCGUCAUCAGCGUCAUGGUGUCCAACAGUCUGACAUCUAACACUCCUACCGUCAUCAGCGUCAUGCUCUCCAACAGUCUAUGACAUCUAACACUCCUACCGUCAUCAGCGUCAUGGUGUCCAACAGUCUGACAUCUAACACUCCUACCGUCAUCAGCGUCAUGGUGUCCAACAGUCUAUGAUAUCUAACACUCCUACCGUCAUCAGCGUCAUGGUGUCCAACAGUCUGACAUCUAACACUCCUACCGUCAUCAGCGUCAUGGUGUCCAACAGUCUGACAUCUAACACUCCUACCGUCAUCAGCGUCAUGGUGUCCAACAGUCUGACAUCUAACACUCCUACCGUCAUCAGCGUCAUGCUCUCCAACAGUCUAUGACAUCUAACACUCCUACCGUCAUCAGCGUCAUGCUCUCCAACAGUCUAUGACAUCUAACACUCCUACCGUCAUCAGCGUCAUGGUGUCCAACAGUCUGACAUCUAACACUCCUACCGUCAUCAGCGUCAUGGUGUCCAACAGUCUGACAUCUAACACUCCUACCGUCAUCAGCGUCAUGGUGUCCAACAGUCUGACAUCUAACACUCCUUCUGCAUGGUAGAAGAAGUAGAUCUGAGUUUGAUCACCAGAUAUUUGGUGUUAUAAUUUUAUGAAGUUACUCUUCUGUUGUUUAAUUUAUCCUCUUUUUUUAACCGAGACAGUAUUGAUGGAAUCUUCUAGAUUUUGUUUCAUCGUAAGUUCUCCUGUUAUAUGUACUGGAUUCUAUGUGCAGUAUGUAAUAUAUGUACAUAGUAUUUAUUUUGUAUAAUACAUUUAACAACUGUUAAAUACCUGUAGUUAACAUUAGAUUCAGGUAGAAUGAAAAGUGAACUAGGUUGCAGUGCAGUGUUUUUGUUCCUGGAGUCUUCUGGUUGGUUGAGGCUGUGUGCCCACCAUACCCAUGAGACUGAUGACUGAUCAUUUCCUCUCAACCCAUUGGCUAUCUGGCUGUGGAAGAUAUGACAUCAACCAUUACACUACAAUGUGGCAACAUGUUUCUGUAUUUCUUACAGUUCUGUCCAAUACAAAGGUUGGCACUUAUUGAUUAGCAUGUCGUCUUUAGCAUGAUGGUCUAAACAUCCUGUACAGAUCCCAUAUACCAAGUGUGGUAUACAUUGUGUUCACCAUUAAAAUGUAUUAUACCAGGUUUGGUAUACAUUGUGUUCACCAUUAAAUAUAUACCAGGUUUGGUAUACAUUGUG